CCACAGAAGUUAUGCCUGGGCAUACGCAUGCUUCAGGAUACCCUGAGAGCAAUCACUUUUAUUAAUGUUCGCGACCGUGUUUGAACUCCAAUGUUUAAAUAUCGAUAUUAAACGUCAUUAAAAAAUACCAAUAAUAUCACCCCAUGAAAUAAUAGAGAUAUAUUGAAAAAAUAUUAAAGCCCACCAAUAAUAUGUUGCCUCCGACUUUGAAGGGAAAACUUCCAUGGAUCCGUCAUACAGACCGGAGAAGUUAAAGACAACCGACACGGAACUGAAGACGACUGAUCUCGACUACAAAGAUGAAUCGAAAGUCCUGGUCCUGUACACAGGUGGAACGAUUGGCAUGCGUAUUCACGAUGGAGUUUAUACCCCAGAACCAAACUUUCUUGUGAAUGAGUUAAGGAAAUUAUCAAUAUUCCAUGACCAGGAGUACUUAGAUAACCACAGUAUCUGUUUUGGAGGUCAAACACCAACCCCAUGGAUGCAGUCACCAUUGUGUAUGCCUUUAAGAGAGGAAAAGAAAAAUGUGAUCUACUGUGUGUAUGAGUAUGAGCCCCUGCUGGAUUCCUGCAAUAUGACCAUGGAAGACUGGGCUAGGAUUGCCAAAGACAUUAAGACUUACUAUGAGGGUUUUGAUGGGUUUGUUAUACUUCAUGGGACAGAUACUAUGGCCUACACAGCAUCAGCUUUGUCUUUCAUGUUUGAGAAUCUGGGAAAACCUAUCAUUCUUACUGGCUCACAGAUUCCCAUCUUUGAGACUCGUAGUGACGGCAGAGAUAAUCUUCUUGGUGCUCUCAUUAUGGCUGGAAACUCUGACAUUGCAGAGGUAAUGAUAUUAUUCAACAAUAAGCUUCUUCGAGGAAACCGUUCAACCAAAUAUAAUAGUAGCAGUUUUGAUGCAUUCCAUUCCCCAAACUUUCCUCCCCUUGCUGUUUUAGAGACUAAGAUUCAUGUGCAUAGGGAUGAGAUUUUUCCCAGCAACACCACUCAAGAAUGUACCCUGUAUACUGACCUUUGUCCUAGUGUGGGAAUACUCCGUCUUUUUCCCAGUAUAACCACCGCUAUGGUUCGCCAGUUUUUGGCACCUCCACUCAAGGGAAUGGUCCUGGAAUCCUAUGGGGCAGGAAAUGCUCCAGAUUCCAGAGAGGACUUAAUGCAAGUGUUCUCAGAGGCCACGAAAAGAGAAGUGCUGCUGCUUAACAUCACCCAGUGUCACAGAGGCUCUGUUAACCCAGGUUAUGCCACAGGAAAGGCUUUGACUGAUGCAGGUGUGAUCCAAGGCUCUGACAUGACCCCUGAGGCUGCACUGGCCAAGCUGGCCUUUGUCAUAGGAAAAGAAGACUGGAAUUUCGAGGACAAGAAGGAGAAGUUAUCUGAGAACCUCCGUGGUGAAUUGGGUGGGUUUAUGUGGUACUAAUCUAAGCCAGGACAACUAUGACAGAAGAACUGCACUACAUGUUGUAAGGAAAACCAGACCGUACUGUUAAAAACUCUUAAUAUACUGGUAUACUUUUCUUUUCUGUGUAACUAAGUGAACAUGGACACCGAGACCAGCAACCCUUUUGAUGUCCAUUUUGAUUUUUUGUCAUAUAUGACAUUUGAUUUUUUUAAAACAAUUAUUGGGUAAUUUUUUGGGGAGGGGCAGCUUCUCAUGGACAUCAGGAUUCAGUGGAGUUUCUGUUAGUACAAGGGGUGAGUGUCACAGCAGAAGAUAGGUUUGGAUAUACUCCACUCAAGGAGGCAACUGCUAAAGGACACAGAAAAAUCUCCAAGCUGAUCCUUGACGCUGUGAAGCCAAUUGUUAGCACAAGCACUUCCACUGACACUUAACUUAUUUAUUGUCCUGUAUGAAUAUAAUAUGAAAUAUGAAAACACCUAAUUGUGCACUGAAUUUUAAUUAUAUGCGCUGUUUUGGUGUUUUGACUAUUUGAUGAAAGUGGACUUUUUUUUCUUAUCUGAUAUAAGUUUAAGGUACACUGCAUGUUUAAGAGUUUUCCAUAGUGAUACUUACUAUGCCUACAGGCCCUGCAAAGCUAAUGCUUUUUCUCAAUUCAGACCUUAAAAACUGAAAUAUACGGGAAGACACAGUCUUCUAAAUGACUGGCUGAUCAUUUAAAACUAUAACAAAUAAUCAAAAUGGAAGAUAAAAACCAAGUGCAGGGCAACCAAGCAAUGAUUCUUAAGUAGGACACCCUCCCCCUCAUUUUGGCUGGUAAAACUCAUAUAGAAUACCUUUAAUAUCAUCUUGUCUAGUUGGAAAAGCACAUAUGUAUAUCAUUUUUAUUAUAACAGUGAAGCAUCUUUUAUAUACCAGACUGUUUUGUGUGAUCAAAAAUUGAACAUUCAUAAUAUGAUUGUAUCAUACUGAUGUGAUGAGAAAUAAUCUCAAGUAUGAUAAUUAUCAGUGCAAUUCAACAUAUACCUCAAACCACUCCAAUUCCAUUUUUCAAUUUUUUGCAAAUUAUAUGUUUAAGUAAAUGUAUGAGUAUUAAAAAAUAUCUUUUAUUUAAUUUGACCUUCUUGAGGUACAUAUAUAUUGUUUUAUUCUUAAAUUAUAUGAAGGUGGCUUAAAGUAUGAAUCACAGAUUUCCUUAGGGGGAAAUUAUAAGUUUCCAUAAAGUGUCA